UUUUUUAAUUUUUAGCUAAUUAAGCUUUCCGUAUAAAGCUUCAAUUAACAGUUUCUUUCAGAAAAAGAAACUACACCACUAUCUUUCUUCUCUCUCCGUAUAGCCUACUAUCAAAAUCUCUCAAAUUAAGGAGAGAAGCAAACUUGUGUACUAAAGUAGAUAUAAUUAGUAUCAAGUAAGGUAUUAAUUGAUUAAUUAGAAGAGAUGGGGAGAGGAAAAAUUGUGAUUCAAAGGAUUGACAACACAACAAGCAGGCAAGUGACUUUCUCAAAGAGAAGAAAUGGACUUCUCAAAAAGGCUAAAGAGCUGGCAAUCCUUUGUGAUGCUGAAGUUGGACUCAUUAUUUUCUCCAGCACUGGAAAACUCUAUGAAUUUGCCAGCAACAGCAUGAGGUCUGCAAUUGAUAGAUACGACAAGAUAAAGGAGGAGCAUAAUCACCUCAUGAGUCCUAUGUCAGAGGUCAAGUUUUGGCAAAGGGAAGUAGCAAACUUGAGGCAGCAGCUGCAUUACUUGCAAGAAAAUCACAGGCAGCUUCUGGGUGAAGAACUUUCUGGACUCAGCAUCAAAGAUCUAACAAAUCUGGAAAACCAAAUUGAAAUGAGUUUGAAAGGCAUCCGAAAGCAAAAGGAGCAGAUUUUGACUGAUGAAAUCAGAGAACUAAAUCAGAAGGGCAAUCUUAUCCAUCAAGAAAAUAUAGAACUCUAUAAAAAGGUAAACCUCGUUCGACAAGAGUAUACAGAAUUGCAGAAAAAGGUUUCUGAGCAAGGAUGUGGAAGUGAACCGAGUGGGGGCGUUCAGGCCACACAUACAAUCAGCAACAGAUAUGAUCUACAUGAACCAAUCAAUCUCCAGCUAAGCCAGCCACAAACACAGAAGAAUGAAACAUCAACAAGUGCCAUGCAGCUUGGGUUACAACUGCACUACACAGAAGACUGACAGCUCUCUGUUUUCUCAACUAGCCUUACAGCAAGAGAUACUUCUAUGAAUCUCAUUCUUGAUCAAGCUAGAAGGAAAAAGUUCAUCAAGCCUGAGAGGAGAUUCAGCUCUGCUGAUAUGUUGGAUAGUUUUACGAUUUAUGUGAACAGGCAGAAGUUAUCUAUGUAAAGUUAUUUUAACUUAAACUAAGAAUAAAAUGUGGGAAUUAUCACUUG